AUGACACGAUGGCUGCAGCCAGCAUUCUGUGGUGGUCCACUACGUCAUAGCAGUGGUCAACAGACGGCUUUGCCUCAAGUUCUGACCCUUUCGUCUGACCGAGCUACCUGUCAGACUUUGGUGGAUGCUCUAAAGGACGAACUGAGAGCGACGGACCGCCCCAAGCGACUGGUGGUUAUCGUUAAUCCCAACAGCGGCAAGAAGCAGGCCGAAAAAGUUUUCAACAAAAAGAUUAAACCCAUCUUUCGCCUCUGUAACAUCGAGACUACAGUCUAUGUUACCAAGGCUCCUAAACAAGCUUACGAUUUACUGGACAAACUGGAUUUGAAGGGCGUCGACGGGAUCAUCACAGUGGGUGGUGAUGGAAUCUACUGUGAAGUGAUGAACGCCCUCAUUGUGCGCACGCAGAAAGAUCACGGAGUGAACGUUCACGAUCCCGACGCCCGCAUCGUCCCUUCCACAAUUCCUGUGGGCAUCAUCCCUGCAGGCACCGGCGACUGCGUGGCUCAGUACCUGCAUGGCACACGUGACGUCAUUACAGCAGCGCUGCAUAUAGUGCUGGGCAACACGACUCCGUCAAAUGCCGUCAGCGUGCAUCAAGGGGGCAAGCUGUCUGCUUACGCCGGCCUCGUUCUGGGCUUUGGGCUGCAAGGCGAUAUGAUGUACGACUGUGAGAAGUUUCGCUGGAUGGGCCAGAGCCGAUACAAUGUGGUUCCUAUUACUAACGUACUCAACCGUCGUACCUUUGAAAUCGAUGUGGAGUAUGUGGACAACGAUUCCGGAGAAACGAAGAAGAUCUCCGAUACUAUGUAUAGUGUUGACACCUACGUCAUCUCCAAGGCCGAACGGGGGGAUAAACUAGUUCCAAAGUUUGGAGACCUCGUCCUGUCCGCUUACACGACCAGUAAAUGCAACCUGGGAAAGCAUGUACAGCAGCUUUCAAAGCUACAGGACGGCACGGCAGGAUGCUUUGACUACGAUUUCGUAAAAGAAAUUCGAACACAAGGCUACAAAGUGCGCUUCCCCCGUGCUGCAGUGAUCUCCAAUAACGGUGGAAGUGACCCUGAAGGAUAAGUACUAUAUCAACUGUGACGGUGACGUUCUUCAGGUCGUCAAGCCAGAGUUUGAAGUCAGGCUACACAGCCAGGUCAUGCAGCUGUUCGGGGAAGCUGUAUGAAGCACGCUCCACACAACUGUCUGAGCGCAAAGAGGCAAACGUCCAGACAAUUUCUUGACCUACCUCAGCGUCAUCUGCAGGAUGGCGGCUUCCGAUCCACGAGUGAGUUCACACGCAGGUGUGAGGAGAGUUGACUGGAUCCGACGUCCCGUUUGGACCGCACCUAGAUUGUGCUUUUCCAGCUCGGCAUGACGUGCCACGAGAACGAGAGACGUCACAGCGCUGUAGAGCGGUGCUGUGACACUCACACGUUCCCGCGGCGUCAGAUAAACUGCACCAGGCAGUCUCAGCGACUGUUCAAGUUUGUGACUGCGACUGAAAACAAGUCCCUGGUGAUUGUUGUUAAACACUUGGCUGUAAGUAACAGCAACAACUGUAUGCAUGGCCGGUAUAUACGGCUGUGAUUUCGAAAGUAGGUAGAAUUGUUUCUACCAGAUGCUACCAUGUAUCGGCAGUCUCUCAGCUAGUAACAAGCUCUCUAUGUACAUAAACUGUCACGUUUUCCACUAUCUUCCUUGCAUAAUCAGCAACUGUUUUGCAGGCGAUGUAAAUAUACUAGGUCGGUGAGCGAGUAGUACGGGAUAUGAUAUAAUGAUUACGAGAUUGACGAUGAUAUCAGUUUGAAACAAUCACUAGUCAGCAUGACACCAAUGGAGUCAUUGCAUUAUCUUUACUCUUUCAUCCCAUGUCUGAAUGGAACUUCGGAUAGCGUGUCAUUAAUUAAAACAUUCUGAGCAUCUGUUUUGAUUGGAAUGUCGAAUGUCUAAUCAUCUCUCUGAAACAUCCAUUUUUUCUGAAAAACCUUAUGAAACCAAGCAAAUACGCUUUCAAAGCGAUUGUUAAAGUGGUGCAAUUUAAAAAUGUACAACGCCUGCCUUAUAUGUACAGAACCGUAAAUAAAAAUGUGAAUUUCA